AUGUAUUUCCUAGUCUUCCUGAUCUUAAUCUAGAAAAUAAUAACAUAAUGGUUGGUUAAAGAUUAAGCUAUGAUUUCAAAUGUAAUUUAUGAAUAGGUUACGGCUGGUAAUGCAUUUGAAAAAACAGAAGGCUUUGUCAAAACUUCAAAUACAUUAAUGACAGCAAAUUUUAUUAAUUGCUAAACACCCCUUACAAGUUAUAUUACUUUGGAUAAAAACAAUCCUGGAAUAGAAAAUUACAAAGAUAAAUAAGUUUCAUAUGGAUCUGUAUUAUCAUUUGAUUUAUAUUUUCAUGGUACAUGGAAUGCUUAAUCAAUUACGAUAAAUCUAGGAAGUUUUAGUCAUUCCAUUUCAUAUAUUUAACCAAGCACUUACCAUUUAGAUACUUAAUUUUGUGAUAAUACACCAUAUGAGAUUUAGUCACAUUAUAUUUUUUUUUAAUAAUCCUAUUCAGGUAAAUUUUCCUAUAGUUCUUCAAAUUUAUUAGAUGGUAAGGUCUCUUUAAGAAAUAUUUUCAUAACAAGAUUACAAUGUUAUCCUUCUUGUAUGUAAUGCAGUGGUCCAGAAUUUAAUGAAUGUUCAAUGUGCUUUUAUGGAAUACCCUUGAAUAAUAUUUGUCCAACAUGUCCAAAUGGUUAAUAUUAUGUAAAGUAUUUGGGAUGUAGAAAUGUUUGUAAUUUUGAUUCAAAAUUGUUUAAAAAUUAAUUCUGUGAAGGAUACCCAAGUAAAGCAAAUUCUAAUAUUUAGUAACUUAUUUUCUACAAUCCAAAUUAGAUUUACAUCCUUAACAAAUUGAAUAAGUCAGGUGGUCAAUAAACUAUGAUAAAAAAAACAUAGAUCCUACUAUUAGACUUGAUUUCCAUGUUAAUAAUAUUUUAUGUUUCGGAAUUUUCAAAUAUAAUUCUGGAAUUCAACGAUUUGUGAAUGAAAUUAAUCCAAAUAUAGGAACUUAAUUGAUCGGCCUAAGAAUAGAGAUUAUUCUGUUUAAUUCUCUUACUACUAAUUCUGGAAUUAACAUUCAAAUUAACAAUACAUAUUAUGGAUCCUUAUAUAAAAUUUCUACUUAAAUUGAAACACAUAAUAUGUUUGUAUUUGAUUAGACUUUUAUGGGUUGCUCUUUGCCAUAUACCAAUUGUUAUUUAUAUGAACUACACAUGUUUGUUGAUAUUCCAUCAAAUCCAUUUUUAUUUUCAAUAUUUGGCAAUUUCACGUAUUAAAUUAAUUUUUAAUUAUAGGGAUAACAAUGCAGGGUGGGGAUUAGUUUCCUUUGCAGUAACUUCUGGAUAUUGUCCAGAUAACUGUCUGGAAUGUGAAAUAUCAUUUUAGUGUAAAACUUGUAUGCAAAAUUUUAAAAAAUAUAGAGAUGGUAGAUGCAAUAUUCAUUGUAAUCUAGCAUUUUAAAGAUCAAAUGAUACUCAUUGUAUAGAUUUUGAUGAUGAGACUUCUUGUAAUAUUUUACAUAAUUUCUAGAUUCAAAAUAUUUGAUUUAAGAAUAUAUUGAUUUUGCAAAUGAUCCAACUUAAGAAUACAAAUAUAUAUUAAUUUCUCAAUCUCCGUUAAAUGGAAAAAAUUUUUUAAAAGGAGAUAAUAUUAUGUAUUCAUAUUGGAAAACUUAUCGUAUUUUUGGUGGUCCUUAUGUUUGGGCUUAAGCAAAAUUUUAAAGAGAACAUUAAAUUUUAAAUCCUCAUCAUAGUAUUACAAUUGGGUUUGAGGUGCUGUUUGGUCCAACUUUCCCAUUGACAGGAAGUUUUAUUUACACAAUUUAAUCGAAUCCAAGUGUAAAUCUAAAUCUAUAAACAACAGGUAUUUAUGCAAAUGAUGAUGGAACAAAGACAAAAAGAGUGUAUGAAAAAAUUAACCAUAACUCGGGUACAUUAAUUAUUUAUUGGGAAUGUUAUGGUUCAGAUAAUGAACCAGUGAGUUCUUAUUGUGGAUUUUUCAACUAUUAUAUUGCAGUUCACUAUUGUUAACCAUUUUGUACAUAAUGCACAAAUGAAAACACUUGUACAUAAUGGAAUAGUACAUACUAUUCUAAUAUUGUUAAAUUUUCAUAGUCUGAAUGUUUCAAUAAUUAAUAUCAUGAUAAGAAUUAAUGGACUUGUUUGAAUUGCCCAAAUUAAUGCAUGACUUGUACUUCUCUGAUAGAUUGCUAAAUUUGCUAAAAUACUUAUACUCUAACUAAACAAGGAUGUGUGUGCAAAUAAAAUUAAUAUGAGGAUUCCAUUCAAUGUUAUGAUUGUCCUGUUUUAUGUAAAUAAUGCUUAAGUGCAACUUAUUGUAUUGAAUGUUUUUUAAGUGAUUUUAGAGAACUAGUUUAAGGUGAAUGUACCUGUAUGGAAGGUUAUUAUGAAGUGAUAGGUAGUACAAUUUGUUUGUAAUGCCAUUAAUUUUGUAAAGAAUGUUCAGGUUCUACUAAUAAUAAUUGUUAUAGUUGUAGUGAUAUAGUUGGUAUAGAUAAAUAAGGUAAUACUUGUUAAUGUCCAUUAACAACAUUUUACUCAGAAUAAUCAAAUUCUUGUAUGAGCUGUCAUAAUACUUGUUUGACAUGUUUUAAUGAAAGUAUAAAUGGAUGUCUUACUUGUGAUAUAUCAUUAAACAGAAAUCUUAUAGGAUUAAAUUGUUAAUGUUCUUCAGGAUAUUAUGAGGAUUCUGGUACUUGUGAGAGUAUUUAAAAAAAGAUUUAUAAUAGGUUGCCCUGAUAAUGAAGAUUCUUCUUUCACUCAAUGCUAUGUAUUAUGUUUGAAUAACUAAAUGAUAUGGCAUAAACCAGGAUGUACAUCUUGUGAUGAUGGCUUUAUUUUAGUUAAUAAAGGAUGUUAACCAUUUUGUGGAGAUUAAAAACUUGUUGGAAAUGAAUAAUGUGAUGACGGUAAUAAUGAAUUAGAUGAUAAAUGUUUUAAUUGCAGAUUUUAAUGUCCAAAAAAUUGUUUAGAUUGUAAUUAAUAUACUUCUUUACCUUGUCCAGAUUUAUGUGGAGAUGGAAUAGUGACUGGUCUAGAAGAAUGCGAAGAUGGUAAUAUUAUUUAAUUUGAUGGUUGUUAUAAUUGCAAAUAUUAAUGUUAAGAAUCUUGCACAAAAUGUUUGAAGGGUGUUUGUUAUGAAUGUGCUGGAGGAUGGUACAUAGAUCCACUAAUAUGGAGGUGUAAAGAGAGAUGUGGAGAUCGUUUAGUUGUUGGAUAAGAGUAAUGUGAUGAUGCAAAUUAAGCCGAUCAUGAUGGAUGUAAAGAAUGUAGAUAUUUUUGCAGAAAUGGUUGUUCAUCUUGCAAUUUUGACACAAAUAUUUGUUUAGCUUGCUAAUAUCCUGGAUUUGUUCCAAAUUAAUAUUAUUGUUAAAAUGUUUGUGGAGAUGGUUUAGUCGUAUCAGACCCAUUCUUUAUAGAAGUAUGUGAUGAUAUUGGUUGUAAAUCAGACUGUAAAUCUUGUAAAUAAGGAUAUGUACUUGUAAAUAGUAUUUGCGAACCUAUUUGUGGUGAUUCUCUAGUAGUGGAAAAAGAAAUGUGUGAGGAUAUAUUCACACUACCCUAUAGAUGUUAACAUUGUUAAACUAAGUGUUAAUUAUCUUGUUUAUUAUGUGAUACAACAGGAAAAGGAUGUUUAAUAUGUAACAUUGGUUAUGAAAAUAUUGACAAUUUAUGUUACUCAAUUUGUGGAGAUCAAAUUGUUACAAAUGAUGAAGAUUGUGAUGAUGGCAAUUUAAUCAUAGGAGAUGGCUGUCAUUUCUGUUAAUAUAGUUGUUUACAUUCAUGUUAAGAUUGCAUCAAAGGUAAAUGCUUAAAUUGUAUGGAUGGUUAUUCCUUAAUUUUAUCUACAUGCUAAUUAGAUUGUGAUGAUGGUAUUACAAUAUGGGAAGAGCAAUGUGAUUAUAUCAUUUUAACAAAUAAUGAUGGCUGUUAUAAGUGUCUCUAAUGCUCAGAUUAUUGCCAAGAUUGUUAAAAUGGAAUAUGUAUAUCAUGUCAAACUAAUUAUGAACUUGAUAUCUUAUAUCAUACAUGCAAACCUAUUCACACUACUAAUAAAAAUAUUGAACCAUAUUGUGUAUAAUUUAAAGAAAAUUAAUGUCUAGAAUAAAGGGAAGCAUUAAUGAAUUUUCUUUAAUAUUCUGAUUUUCUUAUGAAUACAUGUUUUGAACAUUGCAAAAAUUGCUUACUUAAUAAAUGCAUUGAAUGCUAAUAAGGUUAUUAUGGUUCUAUUUGUUUACCAAAAUGUGGAGAUAAUAUUGUUGUUUUAGAAGAAGAAUGUGAUUGCAUAAGAGGUAAGAUGAUAAGUGAGUGUUUUAAUUGUAAAUUAAUUUGUCCAAAUUUUUGUUAACUAUGUGUAUUUGGAUAAUGUUAAUAAUGUUAAUAUGGAUUUUAUUUAGAUGUUUUAAGUAAUACUUGUUAAUCAAUAUGUGGAGAUAAUAUAUAAUCUUUAAAUGAACUUUGUGAUGAUGGAAAUGAUCAAGAUUAUGAUGGUUGUUCUUCAUGUUAAUAUUAGUGUGAAUUAGAAUGUCUAGAUUGUUAAUUUGGUAAAUGUACUUUAUGUUUUGAACCAUUUCUUUUAGUAUAAUCAAAAGUCAAAUGUGAACCAAUUUAAUCCUGUGAAGCUUAAUUUGGAUAUUAUUAUGAAAGUUUUACUAAUAGCUGUAUAAGUCUCUGUGGAGAUGGUAUUGUUUCAGGUGAUGAAGAUUGUGAUGAUAUUAAUGAUACCCCAUAUGAUGGCUGUUAUUAAUGCAAAUUUUAAUGUAGUAAACUCUGUGAAUUAUGUGAUAAUGGUAUUUGUCUUAUUGAAGCAUGUCCUCUUGGAACAAUCCCUAUGAAAAAUUCCUGUUGUGGAGAUUUUAUUGUAAAUGGUGAUGAAGAGUGCGAUGAUGGCAAUUUAAUAGAUUUUGAUGGCUGUUCAUAAUGCUUCUUUUAGUGUGAUCAAUUUUGUAAUACUUGUGAUCAAGGAAAUUGUAUCUAAUGUAUUGAAGGAUUUACAUUAGAUAAAAAUAAAUGUUUUUUAAAUGAAUAUCAGCAAAUAUAAUAUUUGGAAACAGAAAAAAAAUAAUAAUCUAAUUCCCUUAAUUUUGAUCAGAUUUGCAGAAAUGAUGAAUGUGUUUAUUCUUUAAGACCAUAAAUGAAAUUGACAUUCUUAAAUUAGACCUUUUCCAAAUAAUAUGUCGAAAUUAGUUUUGAUUAAGAAGUGCAAUUAGAUGGAUCCCAUAUUAUUGAUUAACUGUAGAUAUUCGAGAUCCUAAUCGAAAAUUUAGAUGAUUAAUUUUACAAUUUAUAGCUUUAAUCUAUUGUAAGUAUCACUUCAGAUCUACAAUAUGUCCAAUACAUUAUUGAAAUAGAUAUUUAGCUUGAAAUUUAAGAAAAACCUACUUUAUCUGUUUCUUUAAUGAAGACUGUUAUUAAUAGCAAUAAUCAAACUGUUUUUAAACCCUCCUAGGCUAUUCAUCUCAAUCUUCCUAAGAUUAUGAGUGAAAAAAUAAAAUAGUAAGCCAUUACUAUUAGUUCAACCAAUAAAGCAUUUAUGAUCACUGCUAUUUCUAUUUCUGUGAUAUCAUUACUUUUUGGUGAAGCCUCUUUAUUCAUUGAAACAUUGAGUACUCUUUAGUACUAAUCUUAUCUUAAGUUUAUUAAUCUUGAUUACCCAGAAAAUUUAUAUAUGUAUUUCUAAACAUCAGAAAUGUUAUCUUUAUCCAGUUAUUUAGAUAAUUUACAAAUAGACUACUUAUUAGGAAUUAUUACUAGAAAGCCAGAAAGUCAAAUUAAAAUAGAUGGAAAGUUUGCAUUUUAUAAUGUAGAUUGUGAUCUUAUUUCAAACUUAGUUCCUUAAUUCUUUCAGCUUGUAAUUAUUUUAACAAUUGUGCUAAAUAGUAAAAAGUUAUAUAUUUUGUACUAAAACUUUUUUUCAACUAUGCUCUCAAAUUAUAUUUUGUAAAAUACAUAAAGUAGUACUUAAUAUUUAUUACACUUUAUUUUAAAUGUUGGAAAAUAAUUUAAGAAAUUCCUCAAAUUUAGAUAUUAAUUAACUUUGAUAUAAAUACUCCCAUUAUUCUCCCUUAAUGCUUGGGAUCUACUCUUUAAAAUAUUAUUACAAAUUCAUUUUAAUGAUCUAUCAAAUGCUAGAUACAAGUUUUAAUAUAUAUGUGGAUUAUCAAUUUUAACUUCAUAUUUAAUCAUUUUAUUGAAGUCAUAUAAUUCAAGCAUUCCUAAAUAGGAGAUAAAUGACGUUUAUUAUCGUUAAAAUAGAUAUUUAAUUACUGAUAUUGUGAGAACAUUUCAAUUUCAUAUUGUACUAGUUUUUUUUUAAAAUGAUCCAAUAACUCAGACUUUUUUAAUUGCUAUAAAUAGUAUUCUGCAAUGCAUCUUCAUUUUUAAAUAUUAAUAAGUCAACAGAUUAGAUAAAUUCACCAACAUAAGUAAUGAAGCUGCUGUAGCUUUAUUUAGUUUAACAACUUAUAUAUAUUAUAAAGAGAAUCUCUAUUCAUACCAAACUAUUUUGCAAGCUGGUUUUUUUCAUAUGGGGAUAUUAAUGAUAAGCUUAUCUUUAGUUUUUCUAAAGCAAAUUUGGCGAAAAACUUAAAAGAUAAUUUCUCAAUUAGUCAAAAGGCAAAAAAAAGAAAAACCAAUAAAUCAUGAGAUAUUUUUAUGA